CAGGAGUAGCUCUCAAUCCUACAGCAGUAUUUAACACCAAUCUCUAAGCAUACAACGAUACCUAAAGGUAAUAGUCUGUAUACUAUAGACUGUUAGCGGUUUCUAGAUACAUUUGUGGAGUAACGUACGCUAGAAGGUGGAUGCUAAAACACCAUACUAGUAUAACGCGUGACGGUUUUGCCGGCUAGGCAACCACGAGCUAUGCUCGAGCUCUAUUUAGCGAAUAGGGAGAACGUCUAUUACUCUGAUUUGCAUAACACCUUUAAUGUUCUUCGGCCACGCUAUUCCUGCCCUUCCUAACCCUACCAUAUUCCCUAAUAUUACCAUAUUCCAUCAUCCCCAGCACUCUCAGAAUGAACCGUCCUGAGGAUCAGGACGGCUCUAAGCCUCUUACCGAGCAAGAUGUUCGUUUGCUUCGCCGAUACGGAAAGCUCCCAGCAAGGGAGGAUCUGCUUGAUCACCAACUUGAGAGACGCAAAUACUUCGAUUCGGGCGAUUUUUUUCUUUCGCAUGCGCAAAAAGGAUCUGACAUUGGUCGGAUACAAACCGGCACAGAGCACCCUCUUCGCAAGGACAUAUACCAUCCUUCAUCUCCUGUUCCCGCUACCAGCAAUAUUAAGGAUGAUCCUGGUGAGCAAGAGAAAGAUAUAAAUGAGGGACACAAAGUCAAAGAAGCUAGCCACCUCCACCAACAGAUGACUACCGAAAAAAGCAAAAAUACACAAUAG